CUUUCGCUGCGACACACCAGCUGUGUCCUGUCCGCUGCAGUAGGAGCGAUGGCGGGUCCCGACCUGAUGAGAACUCUCCUGUACACCGUCAACAACCUGCUGCAGCGGGAGAAAUACAAAGCGGCACUGGCGGUUGUGAAGGGAUUCAGAAACGGCGUCGUCUAUGGGGCCAAAAUCCGAGCACCUCAUGCCCUGGUGAUGACAUUUCUAUUCAGAAGUGGCAGUUUGAAGGACAAGCUCAAAGCCAUUCUGAAGGCCACGUACACACACUCCCGCAACCUGGCGUGCUUCGUGUUCACGUACAAGGGACUGCAGGCCGUGCAGCAGAAGUUCCAGGGGAAGAGUUUACAGUCUCACUCCUUUCUGGCCGCGUGUGUCGGAGGAUGGUUGGUGUUCGGCGAUAACAACAGCAUUAAUAGCCAGAUAAACAUGUACUUGCUGUCCAGGAUCCUGUUCGCUCUGUCUCGUCUGGCUGUGGAGAAAGGAUUUAUCCCGCAGCCCAAACACGACCCCUUCCCGCUCUUCGCCACCCUGGUGUGGGGCGUCGUCUUGUGGCUGUUUGAGUAUUACCCGCACACCCUCCAGCCCUCACUGCAGUCCUCCAUGAACUACCUCUACCACGACAGCAACGUGUGGCACGACAUAACAGACUUCCUCGUUUAUAAUAAACCAAGGACGGCUGCGCAGAAGUGAAGCUCUUGGUUUUUGUCCCCCCCCCCCCACCAGGAUGGAGAAGUAUGGAAUAAACGACUGCAUUAUCAGUAAAGGAAACAAAUGCAGAAACACAAUCACCAGUCUCCUCAUAAAAUGCAAUGAGGAAACACAAGUCAGAAAUGAGUAGAAAAAUAAGACAGUUAUUGAAAAGUCAAGAGUUGAAGAAAAGAUAAUAAAGUACUAAAAGAGAGGAGAUGAUGUAUAGAAGUGAAAUUUAAGAGAAAUACAAUCCAGAAGAUCAAAAUAGAAUAAAAGUAUACAUACCAAUGAAUGAAUAAAUAAAAUUCAAUUAAAUGCCAGGAUGAAAACUUAGGUCUUAGUUUGCUUUAACAAAUAAGAAGGUUCGUUGGGUAAAAGAAAAUCUGAUCAAUAAAUUGGACCAAGAAUAUAAAGAGCUGUUAAUAAGUAAAAUUAUUCUAAAAUUGGUUCUGACAGAGGCAGAGAGUGAACGAUUGAAUCAACGGUAGAUGCAGUCUAUUUUUCUUAGUGAGACCAUAGAGCAGAGCAUCACAUUAGUGAAUCCUGCAGCAAUUUUCGUGUAUUAUUACUAAUUAUUACUAAUAUUCCAGCAUUAUUGAAUGUUGCCUUUUUUUUAAAUUAUUGUUUGUACUAUAGGAAGGUUUUUUUGAUUCACUGACCUUUGUAUUUUCUUGUGUCCAUGGUUCAUGAUUGUUUGUCACCAUAUGAUACCAAUAUGAUUCUCCUGCUGAUAUUAGGUUGAUUGUCUUGAGUUCAAAUUAAUAAGCUGCUACAGAAUAAAAGGCAAAAGAUG